AUGACACAUUUAGGGACAAGAAUUGGCCAUGAAAUCGGAGCCUUAUCAUCGUGCCUGCAAGACAAUAUGUCCAAAUGCACAACCUCUUAUGCUCCUCAUGAAGAACAAUUGGUACAAUUAGACGGCGCAAAGAGAAAUUUGAAUCAGCUAACAAAGUUAUUAGAGGCCAGACAAGUGUUCGAUUCGAAAGACGGACAGGCUGUAAAUCUUCAAAGCCGCUCAAUCGACGAUUCCCUUUUGCCAACUCUUCUAGCCAUUGGUGAAAAUUUGAAAAUUAUCAAGGAACUCGGUGCGAAACCUCAAUUUGACGUCGAAACAUAUCACAAAACCAAGGAUCGAUAUUUGACGUGGAAAGGAACUGAAUUUGCCGUGAAAUUCGGAGUUAAAGAUGGUUUAGAUGACAUUUUUGACGCGUUUAAUACACUGAAUUCAGUGAAUGAUUUUUAUCGAUUGUAUCAACAUCAUUUUGAUCAAUCUCUGACAUCACUUCUUAACGGAAUAAUUAGCGGAGAUGAGAAGAAAUCAUUAAAAGAUAUUGGAAAUGCUUUUGUGAAUCGAGCCUCUGAUCAUUUUAGAACUCAUAUGGCAUCUUUGUGCAAGUAUUGUGAUGACGACGAUGCCUUCGCACGACUUCUCGAUGCGUGGGAGAAUUUCGCAAAAAGUGAGCAUGUCUCGAAAGCUCUUGAGACAGCAAUUGACAAUUAUUCGAAUUAUGAGCUUCUAACUGAUCUCAAAUAUCUGGUUGUUAAUUAUCAAAAAUCGAAAGACGAUGAAUCAAUCGAAAGUUUCGAAAAAAUUGUAGUCUCUGGAUUACUAGAAGCCGCAAAAACGCCGUUAGCUGAAAAAUUGAAGACGAUGGUUGAGCAUCCGCCAUUGAAUUUUAGAUCCGUUAGUGAAAUCUCAUCAAAUUUUGAGAAUUUCUCUUACAUGCUUAAAGAAAUGGCAUCUCAGCUUUAUGAAGUUUAUUCAGAUGACGAGAAACCGUUUAUUACAUCAAUUAUUAAGCCGAUUUUUGCUGAUUAUACGAUGAGAUUGUGUCGAAUGGAAGACAAUUCGAAAGAGCGAAUCAAAAUUGAGGAUUAUCUCGAAAGAAUUGCGUUGGCGGGACAGUUGCAUUUAAUCACAGAAGACUACAAAACGAUAACCGAUGUCUCAUCUGGUCAAGAAUUGAAGAAUACGAAGAAAUGGAUGAACGAUCGAGUGCGAGAUGCAAUUCGAGUUAGCCAUCGAUUUGUUACCGACAAAAUGCCGAAUCAUGGGACGGGUGUUUAUAAGGAGGAAGGAUCAAUUCCGAAAUCGGCUCUACCGACACCUUCCGAUUUUGUUGUUACUGCUACACAGAAUCUUCUUCAUCUUCUCCGAUUUUGGGAAGAGGCGCUUGCGAACGAAACAACAAAACUCGCGUUAUCAAUUUAUGUGUCGCACUCGGAAAAUUCGGACAAAGAUGCUGAAACUAACGACGAAGUGAUAUUUGCGGCAAUUUUGGACAAAAUUGCGAGUCAUGUGGUAAAGAAGCUUGUGCAAUCGAUCAAUGAUGUGAUGAUAACCGAACAAGGAAAACCAGCGAAUCUAUCGAAAGGUCUUCUGAAGGAAAUGCUUUGUGAUACUGAAUACCUUCGCGAUGCUCUUCUAGACUUGCGAUCUGGAAAUCAUCAAAACCUCGAUAAUACAAUAGAGAAACUAGAGAAUUUAAUCAAAAAUCAAUCGUGA